AUGACGGACCCGGGAUACAAUCAGAUACUGGUAAUUAUAAACCACUUUACGAAACUGGCAGAAGCGGUUCCAUGUCAGACGGCCUCAGCGGAAGAGACUUGUGAUCAUUUGAUAACGCACUGGAUAUCACGAUAUGGUUUACCGAUGACAUUCCAAUCGGACAAUGGGAAAGCCUUCGUGGGGGACCUGACAAAAGAACUGAUGAGGAGAUCCCACAUUGCUCAAGCGCAUUCAAAAACCUACCGUCCUCAAACGAACGGAUUAGUGGAGAGACCGAACAAAACACCGGUGAACAAGCUCAGGGUAUACUGCUCGAGAUACAUGACAGAUUGGGAUAAAUAUCUGCUGCAAGUGGUAGGGGCGUAUAAUAGCACGCAACAUUCAACUACAGGGAUCACUCCUAUUAUGAUGUUAACUAGCAGGGCGAGAGCGAUGCCCCUGACAUUUUUCUAUCCGGAAUACGAAAGGAAAAAGACGUCGCCUCAGGCGUAA